AUGCAGGAAUGUGGUUUCACAACAGUUCCUUUCCUAAAUACCGUCAAAAGAGCAGUCACCCAUUACACCAAAUUAAUCGAUGCCAAUUACCACAAGCUUAACUUCACAAUCGCUAAUUCUAUCUCCCAAGGAGUCUCUGUCGAUUGCUCUGCAAUAACACGUAAAUUUAAAUCUGAUUGGAAUCUAAAUCCUUCCAACUACGUGCCACCACUUUAUACUGUUGUUCAUCAACACUCUUCUACUGUUAGAUCUAUUCUAUCUUAA